AUGCAUCUCCACACUAUCCUCCCCCUCUCCCUCCUCCUAUCAACAGCAGCAGCCCUCGGCAUAAACUGCCGCGGAAGCAGCGAUUGUGUCCUUACCGAGUGUCCCAGCAUGGGCGAAGUCGUUAGCCUAAUCGAGGAGUUUGACGACGACACUUGGUUCGAUAAUGGCGAACAUAUAGCAUGCAUUGGCUCUGGUGAUGAGGAUUACAGUCUUUGUGCGUUCUUGCAGAAUUCGGGUGGGGCACCGGGGUCCGCUAUUAAAACGCUUGCGAGGGAGCUGCAGGAGCAUGGUUGUGAGAACUGUGGCAGUAUACCGUUGUUUUAUCCCGGCGACAAUAAUGUGAACGAUGGGGAGUUGACGUUCAAUGCUGUUAGAUGA